ACCAGACCUCUCCCUCUCUCUAUAUAUCUUCACGAGUGAAACCAACUCUCCCCUCUCUCGAAAACAGCAGUAACAAUGGCGGAGAAGUCGAGCUUCUUCGUCCAUUUCACCUUUCUUCUGCUCAUUACAAUAACAUGUUGUCAAGGAGGGAGGAGUCCUUUGCGGCGUUGGUCUGAGAGAACAUUGAUGGAGGACGGCCACGAUCUCUCGAGGCCUCUCAAGCUGACGUUUGGCGGUCCUUCUCGGAACUGGACUGACGCCAUUCCCAUCGGCAAUGGUCGCCUCGGAGCUACGAUCUGGGGAGGCGUCUCUUCCGAGACUCUCAACAUCAAUGAGGACACAAUCUGGACCGGAGUACCAGCAGAUUACACGAACCCGAAUGCUCCAGAAGCAUUAUCACAAGUUAGGAACCUCGUCGACGAAAGAAAAUACGCCGAAGCUACUUCAGAAGCUGUCAAGUUAUCAGGCCAUCCUUCUGAUGUUUAUCAGAUAGUGGGAGAUUUGAAUCUACAGUUCGACAGCUCGCAUCGCAAGUACACUCAAGACUCUUACCGCCGUGAACUCGACUUGGAAACAGCACUAGCUAAAGUAAGCUACUCCGUCGGUUCCGUGGAGUUCUCUCGAGAGUUCUUCGCUUCUCAUCCGGAUCAAGUGAUCGUGGUCAAGAUCUCCGCGAGCAAACCGGGGACACUCUCUUUCAAAGCGUCUUUCGACAGUGACUUGCACCAUCACUCGGAGACUAAGGGGAAUCAGAUUCUGAUGCAGGGAAGCUGUCGCCCCAAGCGUCUUCCUGUGAACUUGAGCAAAAGCAUCAACGCCACUAAUAUUCCUUACGAUGAUCACAAAGGGCUGCAGUUUGCCGCCGUCCUUGAAGUGAGAGUGAGCAGCGGCGGCUCUGUGUCUUCCUUGGGUGGCAAGAAACUAAGCGUUGAUAAAGCUGACUGGGCGGUUCUGGUUCUGACUGCUGCGUCUAACUUUGACGGUCCGUUUACCAUGCCGGUUGAUUCCAAGAGAGAUCCCUCUAAGGAAUGCGUUGACAGAAUCAGCUCGGUCCAGAAGUAUUCAUACUCUGAUCUUUACGGUCGUCAUUUGGGAGAUUAUCAGAAGCUUUUCAACCGGGUCUCUCUUCAACUCUCUGGCAGUGGAGGUAAUAAUAAAACAGUUUCAACAGCUGAAAGGGUGCGAUCGUUUAGAAAGGAUGAAGACCCUUCGUUGGUGGAACUUUUGUUCCAGUAUGGUCGGUACCUUCUUAUAUCUUCUUCAAGACCUGGAACUCAGGUGGCUAACUUGCAGGGGAUAUGGAACAGAGACAUUCAGCCGCCAUGGGAUGGUGCUCCUCACCUGAAUAUUAAUCUCCAGAUGAACUAUUGGCAUUCUCUUCCUGCUAAUAUCCGGGAAUGUCAAGAACCGUUGUUUGAUUAUAUGUCUGCUUUAGCUAUCAAUGGCCGCAAGACAGCACAAGUGAACUACGGAGCAAGUGGUUGGGUGGCACAUCAAGUAUCAGACAUAUGGGCGAAAACUUCACCGGAUAGAGGUGAGGCAGUGUGGGCUCUAUGGCCAAUGGGUGGAGCUUGGCUCUGCACUCAUGCAUGGGAGCAUUAUACUUACACAAUGGAUAAGGAAUUUCUUAAAAAGAAAGGAUAUCCAUUGUUGGAAGGAUGCACAUCGUUUCUAUUGGACUGGCUAAUCAAAGGCAAAGACGGAUAUCUUCAGACCAAUCCAUCAACAUCCCCUGAGCAUAUGUUCACAGCUCCAGAUGGCAAACCUGCCAGUGUUAGCUACUCAUCAACCAUGGAUAUUGCCAUUGUAAAAGAAGUCUUCUCUGCUAUUGUUUCCGCAUCAGAGGUUUUGGGAAAAACGAAUGAGACUCUUAUAGGAAAAGUCAUUGCUGCACAAGCAAACCUUCCACCCACUAGACUAUCAAAGGAUGGUUCUAUAAUGGAAUGGGCAGAGGACUUUGAGGACCCUGAGGUGCAUCAUAGACAUGUCUCACAUCUCUUUGGUCUGUUCCCUGGUCACUCAAUUACACUUGAAAAGUCUCCGGAGCUUGCUAAAGCUGUUGAAGUAUCACUUAAGAAAAGAGGAGAGGAAGGACCAGGGUGGUCCACCACUUGGAAAGCUGCUUUGUGGGCAAGGCUUCACAACAGUGAGCACGCGUAUAGACUGGUUACUCAUAUUUUUGAUCUGGUGGAUCCGUUGAACGAACGUAACUAUGAAGGAGGACUGUAUACUAACUUGUUCACAGCUCACCCGCCGUUCCAGAUCGACGCCAACUUUGGAUUCUCAGCAGCUGUGGCAGAGAUGUUAGUGCAGAGCACAACGAAGGAUCUGUAUUUACUACCAGCGCUUCCUGCUGAUAAAUGGCCUAACGGUUAUGUGAAAGGGCUGAGGGCACGGGGUGGUGUGACGGUGAAUAUAAGGUGGAUGGAAGGGAACCUUGUGGAGUUUGGUCUUUGGUCGGAACAGAGUGUGUCCACCAGAAUAGUGUACAGAGGAAACUCUGUGGCUUCCACAUUGUCGCCAGGGAAACUCUUUACUUUUGACAAAGAUUUGAGAUGCAUUCGGACAGAGAACUUAUAGAAAGUAAAGAUCGAGAUCUGUUUUUGUCUUUAUAAUGUUUUGUUCAUCUAAGAGGAAAAAAAUGUACAAGUACAAGUGUAACCCACAUGUAUCCACACAAACAAGUUUACAGUGAAGUAAUGUAUCUUGGUAUCUA